UAUUUACCCGCCAGAGGUUCACCAUGGAGUCUAUGUGGUGCAGGUGAAGAGGCACGGGUUUAGUGUGGGCUCGUCUGGCAGCUGGAAAAGAGUAAAUAUCCGCUAAAAUGUUUCCUGUGACCCAAAUUCUGGCGAUUUCCACCCUGGUCUUGGCAACGGUCCUUGCCUCGCCGCCUAUCGUCCCCUUAAACCGACCGAGGACUCCAAGCCAGCCUGCUGCAGGCAACUUGUACGCCGCCCCCGCCGUCGGGCCGGUCACCAUCACGGUCACCCAGACCACCACCAUCGACCGCUCCGUCGUCAUCACGGACACGGCCUACAACAGCGUCCCCGUCACCAUCACCGACUUCGCGCUGUGGACGUCUACACAACCUUCGAGAGUGGUUGUGCAGACGCCAGUGGACGAUGACGUAGCCAUCCAGACGAAGUUGGUGUCGAAACCAACAACCGUUACAGUAGUUGACAACGUGUCUAACUUCAGGGUCGUGACUGACGUCUCCGUCGAACACUUCACCAUCACGCACAGCUACUAUGACAUCAUGCAGUCGACCUACACCCGAACAACGACGCAGGCGAUUACUCUUUCUUCGACAUUGGUGAGGACGAACAUCAUGACGGACACGCAGACGUCGACAGCAUUCCGCACCGCUUACAACACCGUGUACGUCCAGGGAUCUUAUCAGUAGACAACGACACGAAAGUUAGUGGAGGUCACUACUCGCCAGAUCUGGGUCUGCCAGGAUUACACAAUAAAAGUAACUCUACAAAAAGUA